AUGUCUAGCCAUUUCAUGAUCUGGAAUGCCCAGGGGAUAGCGAACGCUACUACCCAAGGCAGUUUCAAGAAUAUGAUCGAUAUGUAUAGUGUGUUGUUUGCCGCAGUGCUUGAGCCUCAGACAGAACACCAGCCUUCUUUCUUUAGUAGGCGCUUUGGGUUGCAAUUUAGGUGCUCGAACACAAACGGCAAGAUUUGGAUCUUCUCUCACAGGGAUUGGCAGGUCGAUGUGAUCGACGACUCCGAGCAGGUUCUUCAUGUCCGAGUUACUACUGCUAUAUUCCCUACUCCAAUCUUUCUCUCCGUAGUGUACGCUAAGUGCUCGAGGGAGGGGAGAUACGAUUUGUGGAAUAAGCUCAGGGACAUCUCCUUAGCGACUGACGGGGCACCCUGGCUUGUUGGAGGCGACUUCAACAUCUUCUUGUUGGAGGAAGAGAGACGGGGCAGUACGACAGAUAGGCACGGAGAGAUGAUGGACUUUGCUGACGCCGUUGCAGACUGCCAGCUCCUGGACCCAGGCUUUGAUGGCCCACCUUUCACUUGGACGAGGAGUGGGCUCUGGGAGAGGUUGGACAUAGUCCUUCUAGGGGAGCAUUGGACGACAGUCUUUGCAACUACUAGGGUGACUCACUUGCCUAGGAUCUCUUCAGAUCAUGCCCCUUUGCUCGUGCGAUGCCAGCUCACUACCCAGAUUCCGAGGCCAUCCUUUAGGUUUCAGAACAUGUAG